UCGGCUGCCCAGAGACUCUGAGGCGGAUCCCCCAAGCCAGUCUCAGAUUGAUCCCCCUUGGCCAGAGGGCGAGAAGCCACAGGGCAGUAUGGCCAAAGCGGAGGCCUCCUCGUCGCUGGAGGACUUAGACCUGAGUGGAGAGGAGGUCCAGCGGCUCACCUCCGCCUUCCAGGACCCGGAGUUCCGGCGAAUGUUCUCCCAGUACGCCGAGGAGCUCACCAACCCGGAGAACCGGCGGCGCUACGAGGCGGAGAUCACCGCGCUAGAGCGUGAGCGCGGGGUGGAGGUGCGGUUCGUGCACCCGGAGCCGGGGCACGUGCUGCGCACCAGCCUGGACGGGACACGGCGCUGCUUCGUGAACGUCUGCAGCAAUGCGCUGGUGGGCGCGCCCAGCAGCCGGCCCGGCUCCGAUGACGACCGGGGCGCAGCUCCUGGCAGUCACUGGUCCCUGCCCUACAGCUUGGCGCCAGGCCGUGAGUACGCGGGGCGCAACAGCAGCCGAUACAUGGUCUACGACGUGGUCUUCCAUCCAGACGCGCUAGCGCUGGCCCGGCGGCACGAGGGCUUCCGCCAGAUGCUGGACGCUACGGCCCUGGAGGCAGUCGAGAAGCAGUUCGGAGUGAAGCUGGACCGCAGGAAUGCCAAGACCCUGAAAGCCAAGUAUAAGGGGACCCCCGAGGCUGCGGUGCUGCGCACACCCCUGCCCGGGGUCAUCCUGGCCAGGCCUGAGGGGGAGCCGAAGGGUCCUCGUGAAACCCCGGGGGAGCAGGACUUGAGCACGCACGCGGGGUCUCCGCCGGGCAGCGUGGAGGAACCAUCUCCCGGAGGAGAGAACUCACCUGGUGGCGGAGGCUCCCUUUGUACGUCCUGCCGGGGCCUUGCCUGGGAGUCUUACGCGGGAAGAGAGAGUGCGCGCGGAGAUACCGGUGUGGAGACGCGCGCGGAGUCGGAGGGCAAGCGCUGCGAGCCCUCAGCCCGCGCCAUGGGUGGUCCCGGGACCAAGAGCGGGGAGCCUUUGUGUCCUCCGUUACUGUGUAAUCAGGACAAAGAAACCUUGACUCUGCUCAUUCAGGUGCCUCGGAUCCAGCCGCAAAGUCUUCAAGGAGAUUUGAAUCCCCUCUGGUACAAAUUACGCUUCUCCACACAAGACUUAGUUUAUUCCUUCUUUUUGCAAUUUGCUCCAGAGAAUAAAUUGAGUACCACAGAACCUGUGAUUAGCAUUUCUUCAAACAAUGCAGUGAUAGAACUGGCAAAAUCUCCAGAGAGCCAUGGACAUUGGAGAGAGUGGUAUUAUGGUGUAAACAACGAUUCUUUGGAGGAAAGGUUAUUUGUCAAUGAAGAAAAUGUUAAUGAGUUUCUUGAAGAGGUCCUGAGCUCUCCAUUCAAACAGUGUAUGUCCUUAACCCCACCAUUAAUUGAAGUUCUUCAAGUUACUGAUAAUAAGAUUGAAAUUAAUGCAAAGUUGCAAGAAUGUGGUAACUCUGAUCAGCUACAAGGAAAGGAAGAAAGAGUAAACGAAGAAAGUCCUCUAACUGAAAAGGAAUAUAUAGAACAUUGUAACACCUCUACAACUGAUUCUGAUUCAUCUAUAGCAGUUAAAGCACUACAAAUAGAUAGCUUUGGUUCAGUUACAUGCUUUCAACAAGAGUCUCUUGAUGUUUCUCAAAUGAUACUUGGAAAAUCUCAGCAACCUGAGUCAAAAAUGCAAUCUGAAUUUAUAAAAGAAAAAAGUGCUACUUGCUCAAAUGAGGAAAAAGAUAACUUAAACGAGUCAAUAAUAACUGAAGAGAAAGAAACAGAUGGAGAUCACCUAUCUUCAUUACUGAACAAAACUACAGUUCACAAUAUACCUGGAUUUGACAGCAUAAAAGAAACCAAUAUGCAGGAUGGUAGUGUACAGGUCAUUAAAGAUCAUGUGACCAAUUGUGCAUUCAAUUUUCAGAAUUCUUUGCUAUAUGAUUUGGAUUAAUUCUAUAUAAUUUUGGACUUUUAAAUAUUAAGGUUAAAAAAUGCCUGUAUCUAAAAUUGAUUCUGUUAACUGUUGUCUUAAAACUAAAGGCAUUAAAGUAUAAAAUUAAAAUUUGCAAUUUUUUUUUUUUUAAAUUGCAGUUUUGAUUCUCAUGGGGGAAACUGGAGAUUUUUAUUUUUUUUUUACCUCUGGAGUUUAAAGUUUCCUUAUGGAUAUAAGUUUUGUGAUUCCUGUAACAGAUGUAUUUUUCUAUUUGAGAGUUAAAACAUUGUUUAAUAUAACCUGUGUAUAUAUACUUCUGUGUUACAUUUUGCUUUGUCAUUACUUUAAUAAAAUUUCAAAAUAAAUAUUCACUAA